AUGUAUAUUCUUAAUAAUAGUUUGGUGUGUGUUAAAAGUAUUUGUAAAUUUUUUAUUCCUAGGGGAACAUACUCGCGGAAGGCUCUGUGUAAAUUUAUUUCUGAUUCCAUAAAUAUAGAUGUUUCUGAUAGAUUUAGGAACUUGAAUACUUCAGAAUUUCAAAAAACUGAAAAUGAAGGUGAAUUUUUGGCUCCCGAUACUAACACAUCGAAAAAAUCUGUAAAAAAUGAUAUUAACUGUUCCUUGGAGGAUUAUUCAUUUGAAAAUGUAGAAUCCGCUCUUAUGCAGUUUGUUCCUGAAUACAUAUCAUCAGCUGAUGAGGAUAAAACAACAUUCAUGACUCCUGGCCAGGCUUUUUUCCUUGAAAAUAAGGAAAAAUUGAUGGAAACCGUUAAAAGAAGAUACUAUGAAGAGAAGAAUAAAGCCAAAUAUCAAGAAAAAUACGACGACGAACAUGAUGAAACAUUCUCUUCACUUCUAGAAUACGAUUUCAAUGAGGAGUCCUUUGGCUCUUACGGGGAUGAGUUUAUCCCACCCAGGAAUAAACAACAGCUCUGGGACUACAAUUCAACUUCAGUUUGCCUACAUAAAGAACCAAUUGAACUGACUAAAGGAGUAAUGCCAAACAUUAAUCAAAUUGUGGAUAUUUUACAAAGGGAACAAAUUUUUAACAUAUCAGUGAUGGAUUUGGAUAAAUAUGAGAGGAGAGAUCAAGGACUUUAUGUAAUACUGGGAACGGGAACAACUUCUGCUCAUUGCAGGCGUGUUGGAAGGAUGUUGUAUAAUAUAAUAAUUGAUUUGGAGAUCCCAUUUGUUUCAAAGGUAUCGUAUUGCUGUAAUUCCAGAAACGACGAGUGGAUCAUUUCACACCUCGGACCCCUUUCGGUUCAUCUAAUGAUAAAGGAAACCAGGGACAAAUAUAGUUUGGAUGAAGUGUGGUCGGAACACUUUUUGACAAAAAAGGAUAUAUCGCAGGAACUUUUAGUGGAUUGA